GUCGACUUGCCUGACCGGAUGGUGGAAGUUUUGUUUUGUGAGUUUUCUAUCCGUUUCGUUUGGUUGACUUUGAGUAUUUUUCGUGUUUAUAAGAACACGUUGUUGUAAUCCCACUAAAUUGGGAGUUACACAAUUGUAAACAGCAUAUUUUCCUUUGACAGAGUGAAGACAGGGCGGCUUGAAAGGUGGAAUUCAACACUUCGGAGUAACCCGAGCACCUUGCUAACUAGUAACGUCAACGUAGUAGACUAACGUUAGUUUGCUCUUCGGGAGGGGAGCCGAUCCAACGAAACCAUGGGGAACCGGGGGAUGGAAGAUUUGAUCCCCCUUAUCAACAAACUUCAGGACGCUUUCAGUUCCAUCGGCCAGAGUUGUAACUUGGACCUACCGCAAAUUGCUGUGGUCGGUGGGCAGAGUGCUGGAAAAAGCUCGGUCUUGGAAAAUUUCGUUGGCAGGGAUUUUCUUCCUCGAGGAUCAGGCAUUGUUACCCGUAGACCUCUGAUCCUGCAGCUGUGCUUUAACAAAGCCGAGUAUGCAGAGUUCCUACACUGUAAAGGGAGGAAGUUUGUGGACUUUGAGGAGGUCCGGGCGGAGAUCGAGGCGGAGACAGACAGGAUCACAGGCUCCAACAAGGGCAUCUCCCCCAUCCCCAUCAACCUCCGGGUCUACUCCCCUAACGUGCUAAACCUGACUCUGAUCGACCUGCCGGGGAUGACUAAGGUGGCAGUGGGGGACCAGCCGCUGGACAUAGAGCACCAGAUCAGGGACAUGCUGCUGCAGUUCAUCACCAAGGAGAGCUGCCUCAUCCUGGCCGUCACCCCCGCCAACCAGGACCUGGCCAACUCAGACGCCCUCAAGAUCGCCAAGGAGGUGGACCCACAGGGUCUGCGCACUAUUGGCGUGAUCACAAAGCUGGACCUGAUGGACGAAGGGACGGAUGCUAAAGACAUCCUGGAGAACAAACUGCUACCUCUGCGUAGAGGUUAUAUCGGCGUGGUGAACCGCAGUCAGAAGGACAUAGACGGCAGGAAGGACAUCCGCGCUGCGCUGGCUGCUGAGAGGAAGUUCUUCCUGUCUCACCCGGGCUACAGACACAUGGCCGAGCGCAUGGGCACCCCACACCUGCAGAAACAACUAAACCAGCAACUGACCAACCACAUCAGGGACACUCUGCCUGGGCUGCGCAGUAAGCUGCAGAGCCAGGUGCUCUCCCUGGAGAAAGAGGUGGAGGAGUACAAGAACUUCCGUCCCGACGACCCCACACGCAAGACCAAGGCCCUGCUGCAGAUGGUGCAGCAGUUUGGGGUGGACUUUGAGAAGCGUAUCGAGGGCUCUGGGGACCAGGUGGACACAGCGGAGCUGUCGGGCGGUGCCAAAAUUAACCGGAUCUUCCACGAGCGCUUCCCCUUCGAGCUGGUCAAGAUUGUGUUUGAUGAGAAGGAGUUGAGGAGGGAGAUCAGUCAUGCCAUCAAGAAUGUCCAUGGUGUCAGAACGGGCUUGUUCACCCCUGACCUGGCCUUCGAGGCCAUAGUCAAAAAGCAGAUCCUCAAACUGAAAGAGCCCAGCCUGAAAUGUGUGGAUCUGGUAGUGUCCGAGCUGACCGCACUCGUCAUGAAGUGUUCCGUCAAGCUGGGUUCCUACCCCCGGCUGAGAGAGGAGACCGAGAGGAUCGUCACCACCUACGUCAGAGAGAGAGAGGGCAAGACCAAGGACCAGGUGAUGCUGCUGAUUGACAUUGAGCUGUCCUACAUCAACACCAACCACGAGGACUUUAUAGGCUUCGCCAAUGCCCAGCAGAGAAAUACACAUCAGAACAAGAAGAGGGCCAUUCCAAACCAGGGUGAGAUUCUGGGACUGAGAGAGGGCGAGCAGGAGAAGGUGAUCCGCAAAGGCUGGCUCACCAUCAACAUCAGCAUCAUGAAGGGAGGCUCCAAGGAGUACUGGUUCAUCCUGACCGCAGAGUCACUAUCCUGGUACAAGGAUGAGGAGGAGAAAGAGAAGAAGUACAUGCUUCCCCUAGAUAACCUCAAGCUGAGGGAUGUGGAGAAAGGCUUCAUGUCCACCAAACACGUAUUUGGCGUCUUCAACACUGAAUCCAGGAAUGUGUAUAAGGACCUGCGUCAGAUUGAGCUGGCCUGUGACACCCAGGAGGACGUGGACAGUUGGAAAGCCUCCUUCCUGAGGGCUGGGGUCUACCCUGAGAAGGACCAGGUGGACACUGAGGAUACGGCCCCUUCAGAAACCUUCUCCAUGGACCCCCAGCUGGAGAGGCAGGUGGAGACCAUCCGUAACCUGGUGGACUCCUACAUUGGCAUCGUCAACAAGUCCAUCAGGGACCUCAUGCCCAAGACCAUCAUGCACCUCAUGAUCAACAGCGCUAAGGACUUCAUCCACUCAGAGCUGCUGGCCUACCUGUACUCGUCAGGUGACCAAAACAGCCUGAUGGAGGAGUCAGCUGACCAGGCGCAGCGCCGCGACGAGAUGCUCCGCAUGUACCACGCCCUCAAGGAGGCACUGCACAUCAUCGGUGACAUCACCACCACCACCGUGACGGUCCCCGUGCCGCCGCCCGUCAACGACAGCUGGAUGCAGGAGGCCAGUCCUACCCCCCAGCGCCGCCCCCCGGCCGCAGCAGCCCCUCCCCCAAGCCGUCCUCCUGCAGUGAGUGGCCCAAGGCCGGGACCACCCCUCAACCCCUCCCCAGCGUUUGGGGGGCCCCCCAUCCCCUCUCGCCCAGGCCCGCCGCCCAUUAACGCCUUUGGCAGCAACAACCAUCAGGACCCUUUCAGUGCCCCCCCACUGAUCCCCUCUCGGCCCGCUCGCAUCCCCCCUGGCGUGCCCAGCCGAAGACCCCCUGGCGCUCCUCACCGGCCCACCAUAAUCCGCCCUGCCGAGCCCUCCCUGCUAGACUAGACUACCCAGUAGAACCAGCCAGGCUCACCUGUGUGUGUGUGUGUGUGAGACUAUGUGUGUACUGAGGCCAGAGGGGAGGGCUAGAGAGCAGGGGAGGAGGGGGCCCCUAUACAGUAUCUAUGCACAUUGAUAUAUGCUAUUUCAACCAGACUUAUCUAAUGUAGUCGACUCAAACUGUUCUCUGAUAUAAGCUGCUAACCCUCCCUUAGUCUCCUACACAUGUGGGCUCUCUCUGGUCUCCACAUUCUAAAGAAGCAAAGGAACCAUAACCACUUGAAUCAGAAGAGAUAUAAUUACACUGUUUUGGAUAUUGUACCAUAUGUAUCAAAAGAUUCAUAAAGACUUAAUCGCUCACCUUUGACCAGCAGGGUGCAGUCACGGCAUCAGAUGUGGAUGGUUACAUGGAAGUGACAUGCCCCUAAGUGACCUAUUUUCUGUGGUAACAGAAUUGUUAAUUUCCUCUCUGAAAAUGUGGACUGCAGCAUAGUCCACAACCUUUCUAAACGUAAAAGGCUAGCUACCCUCCCUCCAUCUUUAGACGUGCCCUCACCUCGUGCUCUACACCCUACACCUCUGUGUAAUAUACACAGACAUCCUGUUCAUUGUUUUGUGGUUUUUCUAACUUGAUUUCAUACUGGAAAAUAGUCAUUGUAAUUACGACUACGGUGGUGUUGAUUACUUUCUUCUUGUUAUUUUAUUUGAGUGACUUGCCUGUUUUAAUGCCCCUUGUAUGUAGCUUUAAAACCAGUCUCAAAUCACAGCAAAAGGAGGCAUAAAAAGACAAUUUAGCAGUGCAGUGCUACAUAUGAGGCUGAGAGCAGCCUUAUAAAAUGUGCCCGUUGUUACUGGAAUGUCCUGCCACUGUUGAGAAAAUGUCAUCUAGAUUGACCACUUGAAGCACUCCUUAAGUAUAGAAUUAUCCCAGGACCUUAAGUCAACCUCACUGAGGCCUUAACCAACCUUCAUUCAAAGUCCCAUUCAGGACAGGGACAGGUAAAGGGGAGAGUACAGUAGGGUCUCCUGGAGGAGGGGGGGGGGGGGGGGGGGUUAGAGCUAUAGAGACGGCAGUUUACGACCGAAACUUCUUCCUGUCACAAUUCAAUGUUCAUUUGUCUUUAUGGACGAGAGACCCUCCCGGUGUCUUGGAAACACCGUUGUACAUAGCUGAUGGACAGUCUCAGUACAGACACAGAGAUGGUGAUGUCUCCAGUUUUAAAAAGAAUGGAUGGAGAAUGAUGUUUAAUGGUGUUCAUUGAAAACCAAACAUUUUAAUGUGUACUAAUCGUUAUACUAAUUGAAGCACUAACACACAGCCGUUAUAUUGACUUGGCUUGGGAUGUAGGGAAACGUUGAGAUUUGUGAUCUCCAGAUCGCAUUAAUUCAUUAUUUAUAACCCUGGGCAUUUGUCAUGUAUCGUUUUGAUAGAAAUAAUGUCCGCUGUAUACUGCACCUGCAGCCUACUACUCCCCCUCUGGAAGACUGAACGUCUUUCUGCUAGUGAGUUCCACUACAGGGUUCUAGUUGCAAUAACUGUUGCCACGGGGAGGGUUUAAAUAGGAGUGAAGCUGGGAUUCUGUACUGAUGAAUAUCAUUUGAUUCCUCUGAUGGUAAUUUGAUCAUUGAUUUUGGGGGUGGGGUGGGGAGGAGUUUGGAGGGUGAGUGACAAAUGGACUACAUUGAUGUUUUGAUUUGGUGAUAAAUAUUGAGGGUGAGCAGGGGGUGGGAGUUCAACUUUUGUUGCUCUUUCUGGUGUACAUACACAUCCUGCCUGGAGAACCUGUCCAAACUAUAUAGAGCUCAGUCCAAUACCUUGUACCCCUUACAGAAAUCCAUUAUAUGAGUAAAUGUGGUACAGGUAAAGGGUGAAUUUGGUAGGAACUGUCUAAAACCAUAUUUUCUGGGCAGAAUGUGCUUUUCUUCCCAUACAUUUCCCAUCAGGUCUGUCUACAGUGACCGUGCUGCUAGUGGGUGUCUGACUCUGAUCUCAGCUAACUCCAAGUAAAGCCUCUGGGAAAUGGAGUCUAUCCAUGCUCCAAAAGGUUUCAAUCUCUUGACCAAGUAUAGAACCCCUACUAGGAAGAGAUUUGACCUUACAUUUAUGCUGUCACUCUCUGAUGUUGAAGAGUCUUAAGGGAAUCUAAAACGUCCUGUUCUUAUGAAAGUGUCCCUGUUCACUGAUGGUACCGGUCACUGUAGCCUGUCCCCCUACACCCCGUCUCCUGAUCUGUAAAGUGUAAGAUGUUGGUGACUGCCUUUCUCCAUAAUGGAUAUCGUCAUCCCCCACUCACUCAUGCUCUGCAUCUUUCAUAUUGUGGGUGGGGGGAACUGACCUGCAUCAAUCUUUCUAUAGUUUUUGCAAAGCCUUGUCAAGUGCCUCUAGUAAUUUCCUGGAUUUGAAUAAACAAAUGAACCCAUUUGGAACAUGAGCGCUAAAUAAAAGGUGUUGUGUACAAUAAA